AUGAUUUGCAAUUGUUUUCAAUCGACGGUAAUUAUUGGCACUCUGUUUUUCCGAAAUGUCAACGGGCAUGUUGCAAAUAUCGUCAAACUAUUGAGCAAAUUUGAUGCGAAUUAUGCGUUCUGGACUCAACAUCCACAAAAAAAGUUCAAAAUUUGUCGCCAAAUUUCCGCUCAAAUUAAUCUGUUAUGUUAUAUGCACCGUGUUAUCGAUGAAACUGUCAUGAGGUUGAUCAAUGUUUUCAGUUUACCAAUGGUGAUGAUCUUGUUGUUCCAGUUUACGGUGCUGUUGUCAGAGCUAUAUUAUGAUUACAUGCUUGUGGUAACGGAUCUUCAAGCAGGAAGACAACUUAAAUAUGGACAAGUCGUCAGCUCGUUUUUGUUCGUUUUAAUGUGUGGACUGCAAUUUUUCUACACGGUCUCUUUCGCUGCUCGAAUGACGCGACAAGCAGAAACUACGGGACUUCUACUGAAUGAAUUGGUUCGGUCUGAUGUUGGGAAGUUUGUUGACCUGAGCAUUUCCGUUUUCACGAUCGAGAUGUUACACCACCACUACAGCGUUCAACUAUUUGGUUUAUUUUCGGUGGAUUUCACACUGAUAUACUCGGUAAUGUAGAUGUUUAAAUUCUCAUUCGUUUCAA